GCUCUCACUGGGCCAGGAAGGCGCUGGGCAGGGCUGGCGGGUCCGUGCGCUGGGUCUGGGGGCCCUGGGGCUGGCGGUGAGGGGGAGAGGGCCAAGAGGUGCCAGGGCCACGAGGUGGGAACAGGGCCGGGGCCCGGGCCGCAGCUGCCGCCGGGGACCCCACGGGGUGGGUCAGGCCCUCCGCGGGGGCGCCGUCCAGCCCCACGGACCCGGCUGCGGCCCCUCCACCGUCCGGGAGCAGCUGAAAUCCAAGCUGGGGCGAAGACAGGCGGCCGCUGCCCCUAAGCCGGCCCAGGUCUGAUCCGCCCCCCACCCGCCCUCCUCUGCCCGCCAGUCAUGUAAGAGCUGCCUGGGCCCGCAGCCACCAGCCAGGGCAGCGUCCGAGCGGGCGGGCGGGCAGCGGGUCCAUGACGCCGGCGGGGCCCGGGGGCCACGGGCCAGCCCAGCGGAGCCGGGCCUCUGGGGGCCGCCGGGGGCCGUGAGCGCGCAGACAGAGCCGUCCAGGCCCCCCGCCGGGCCGCCACCGCCGUGAUGCCCACCAAUGGGCUGCACCAGGUGCUGAAGAUCCAGUUCGGCCUGGUCAACGAUGCCGACCGCUACCUGACGGCCGAGAGCUUCGGCUUCAAGGUCAACGCCUCGGCGCCCAGCCUCAAGAGGAAGCAGACGUGGGUGCUGGAGCCCGUCCCGGGCCAGGGCGCCGCCGUGCUGUUCCGCAGCAGCCACCUGGGCCGCUACCUGUCGGCCGAGGAGGACGGGCGCGUGGCCUGCGAGGCGGAGCGGCCGGGCCGCGACUGCCGCUUCCUGGUGCUGCCGCAGCCGGACGGGCGCUGGGCGCUGCGGUCGGAGCCCCACGGCCGCUUCUUCGGCGGCACGGAGGACCGGCUGUCCUGCUUCGCCACCGCCGUGUCCCCGGCCGAGCUGUGGACGGUGCACCUGGCCAUCCACCCGCAGGCCCACCUGCUGAGCGUGAGCCGGCGGCGCUACGCCCACCUGUGCCCGCAGGAGGACGAGAUCGCGGCCGACAGCAACGCGCCGUGGGGCGUGGACGCGCUGGUCACGCUCAUCUUCCGCGGCCGCCAGUACUGCCUGCGCGCCUGCGACAGCCGCUACCUGCGCAGCGACGGCCGGCUGGUCUGGGAGCCCGAGGCCCGCGCCCGCUACACCCUGGAGUUCAAGGCCGGCAAGCUGGCCUUCAAGGACUGCGACGGCCGCUACCUGGCGCCCGUGGGGCCCGCCGGCACGCUCCGCGCCGGCCGCAACACGCGGCCCGGCAAGGACGAGCUGUUCGACCUGGAGGAGAGCCACCCGCAGGUCGUGCUGGUGGCCGCCAACCACCGCUACCUGUCCGUGCGGCAAGGGGUCAACGUCUCCGCCAACCAAGACGAGGAGCUGGACCACGAGACUUUCCUGAUGCAGAUCGACCGGGAGACGAAGAAGUGCACCUUCUACUCCUGCACCGGGGGCUACUGGGCCCUGGUGACCCACGGGGGCAUCCAGGCCACGGCCACCCAAGUCUCGGCCAGCACCAUGUUCGAGAUGGAGUGGCGAGGCCGGCGGGUGGCCCUCAAGGCCAGUAACGGGCGCUACGUGUGCAUGAAGAAGAACGGGCAGCUGGCGGCCAUCAGCGACUUCGUGGGGAUGGCUCCCCCUGCAGGCGAGGACGAGGAGUUCAUCCUCAAGCUCAUCAACCGGCCCAUCCUGGUGCUGCGCGGCCUGGACGGCUUCGUGUGCCACCGCCGCGGCUCCAACCAGCUGGACACCAACCGCUCGGUGUACGACGUCUUCCACCUGAGCUUCAGCGACGGCGCCUACCAGAUCCGAGGGCGCUGCGGGUUCUGGCACACCGGCAGCCACGGCAGCGUGUGCAGCGACGGCGAGCGCGCCGAGGACUUCCUCUUCGAGUUCCGCGAGCGCGGCCGCCUGGCCAUCCGCGCCCGGAACGGCAAGUACCUGCGCGGCGGCGCCUCGGGGCUGCUGCGCGCCGACGCGGACGUGCCCGCCGGGGUCGCGCUCUGGGAGUACUGA